AUGACCCCGCAUCAUGAGAGCCCAAGAAAAAACAUCCUCGUCAUCGUCAUCAUCAUCGACAAUAACAACAUCAUCAUCAUCAUCAAAACAUCACGAGAAGGGAGUGAGUUAGAUAUACCAGAGAGGCUGCAGACUGCAGAUUGCAGUCAUGGCCUCCAACGUUGCAAACGUGGUCGUGGUCGGCCAUUCUUGUUGCCUCAUCAUGAUUCCUCGCAGCCCUCGCCAUCAACAUGGACGCUGAUGCAUGUUGUCAGUGCCGGCGUUCUGGGUCUUUCUACUGCUUUGGCCCUGUCCAAACACGACGGGCUCAACGUCACCGUCGUGGCAAAGCACAUGCCUGGUGACUAUGACAUUGAGUAUGCAUCGCCGUGGGCAGGAGCAAACUUCUUACCAGUCGGCAAGCCAGGCUCGAAGCUGCAGGAAUUCGAAAAGGCAACAUGGCCGGAAUUGGAUAGAAUGUGUCGACAGCUUCCUGAAGCAGGCAUUCAUCACCAGGUGACGAGGACCUAUGGCAGAAAGAAAGACGCAGGCACGGCUACAGGCCAGUGGUUCGAGGAGUUGACCAAGGAGGAUGCAUGGUUCAAAGACCUUGUCCCCAAUUUCCGCCUUCUUCCCAAAGAAGAACUGCCUUCAGAUUGUGAUACUGGCACAGAGUUUACAUCGGUAUGCAUCAACACAGCCAUCUACCUGCCCUGGCUUCUUGGGCAGUGUGUCAAAGGUGGAGUCACCAUUAAACGAGGCAUUCUCUCCCACAUUUCCGAGGCUGCAAGUCAUCAUCCCUCGGGCCAGGCGCAUGUUCUUGUCAACUGCACUGGGCUUCUGGCCUCGACACUCGGUGGCGUACUGGACACAACCGUAUAUCCAGGGCGCGGCCAAGUCGUGCUGGUGCGAAAUGAUCCCGGGGUCAUGGCCACGGUCAGCGGUACGGAUGAUGGUAGUGAAGAGGCUACCUACAUCAUGCACCGCGCUGUAGGUGGUGGUACGAUCCUGGGCGGCUGCCUCCAACACAAUGCAUGGGAGUCUCAACCUGAUCCCAAUCUUGCACAACGCAUCAUGCAACGCUCCAUAGAUCUGUGCCCUUCACUCGUUCCCAAAACAGGAAAGGUUACCGAACUCAGCGUCAUCCGCCAUGGUGUCGGCUUGCGACCGAUGCGCAAAGCAGGCCCACGGGUGGAGAAGGAGAAGAUUGGCAACGACUGGGUGGUACACAACUAUGGACAUGCUGGCUAUGGCUAUCAGAGCAGCUGGGGAUCUGCAUGGGAGGCAGAGAGCCUUGUGCUUGGAAUCGUGGAGGACACUGCAGCUCGGGUACCCAAGGCCAAGCUGUAG